CUCCCACUGAUGCGAGGGGACGCCGUUUACCCAGCAUGCAGGUCGGUUUUGAGAAGCUGAAGCAAGAUGGCGACUAAAAUAAGCAAAGAGGGUCCUCCUCCUUUCGAUUGUCCAACAUGGGCAGGGAAGCCGCCUCCGGGGCUCCAUCUGGACGUGAUGAAGGGGGACAAACUGAUCGAGAAACUGAUCAUAGAUGAAAAGAAGUUCUACCUGUUUGGGAGGAACCCCGACUGGUGUGACUUCACCAUCGACCAUCAGUCGUGCUCACGUGUUCAUGCCGCCCUAGUCUACCACAAACACCUGAAGAGGGUCUUCCUCAUAGACCUCAACAGCACGCAUGGUACCUUCCUGGGACACAUCCGCCUGGAGGCACACAAGCCUCAGCAGGUUCCCAUAGACUCGACAAUAUCUUUUGGAGCCUCGACACGAACCUACACCAUCAGAGAAAAACCCCAAACCCAAGGCAGUGCUGGCACAGGGGACAGUAAGACAGGGGACGAUGAGGAGCUGAAAGGACUGCUUGGGCUUCCAGAGGAAGAGACGGAGCUGGAGAACCUGACCGAGUUCAACACAGCUCACAACAAGCGUAUCUCGCUCCUGACCAUCGAGGAGGGCAACCUGGAAAUCCAAAGGCCUAAGAGGAAACGAAGGAACUCCAGAGUUACCUUCAAUGAAGAAGACUCCAUCAUUAACCCAGAGGAUAUUGACCCCUCGGUUGGACGCUUUAGGAAUAUGGUGCAGACGGCAGUCGUUCCCAUUAAGAAACGGAGAUCAGAGGGACAGAACACUCUGGGUCUCGAUGACUUCGGUUCAAAACGCCUCCACGGUUACAACCUAGGCGGUGGUCUCUACGGGGACUUGCCUCCCACCAGUCAUGAGAACCAGCCAACAGGAGCUCCAGGAGGUGCUGCUAUGCAGGGAGGGCUUCCUCUACCCUUCCCUAAUCCAGCUCCAGAAGUAGACCUGGCCCCAGAGGCUCCUCAGCCACCCGUCACCCUCAACCCCACACCUGUAACAGCCCCCUACUUACCAGAGACCCACAACGAGCCACGCAAAAAGAAGUAUGCCAAAGAAGCUUGGCCCGGCAAGAAGCCCACACCUUCACUACUUAUCUAACCAGUUGGUUGAAACUGCUGUCUCUCAGGUUACCAGCAGAUACGUCAGGGACUGUGACCUGGAUGAAGUGGAGCCAUCCACUACAGUUUUUUUUUUAUAUCCGUUGUAUUACUCAUUGUUAUCACAAGGAGACACCACGCAGCUUCCCUGUGGUCAGUCACAAGAUAUCACCUACAUUACUAAGUCAGCUGUUGAUAAGUCGUCCAGAAAACAGCAGAAUCUUGCUGAAACUAAAUGAACUAUAACUAUACGAGACUUGACAGAGAGAAUUAGAGCAUCGGAGUGGUAGUUAAGAUGUGAUUGUAUGACUGACAGGGUACAUGGACAUGAUGGGUCACUGUGUUUUUUUUUGUUUUUUUUUUUCAUGGAUUGGAUUGUGGAUUGAUGUAAAGUUGUAUUUUUUUCCCGCCCCUGAAGAAUAUUGACAAUGCUGUUAAAAGAAAUACUUUUAUACAAGAUAUAUGACUGUGUGAACCUCAGAGAAAUUAGAUGUGAAAGGAGUUUCUGUCAUAGACGGCGCUGCUCUUUAUUUUGACUCUGCAGGAUUUUCAUUCCGCGUAAUAGACCACUAUCACAUUAACUGAAGUGUCUUGCAUUUUUCCUACAAGCCACUAGAUGGUGACUUGUGAACAAAGGGCAGAGUUUUCAUUGAGGCUUGGCUGCAGCUUUGCAGGUGUCAUAGUUUAUGGCCUGUUGCACUAACCUUAACCAGAACCUAUGUGAUGUGCUGAAAGUGUCCAGCUGUUUAAUCUGAAUUAAUGCAGGUAAAAGCCAUUUACCCUGUCCUAAAAACACUGAUCCCAUGUGUCCAUUUUUUUUUUUUUUUGUUAAAUUAAGUUCUAAAUAUUGUCUGUUUUACCAACAUAGAUCAACUGUAAAUACAAGGAUUUUGCAGUUUUCUGUGUUUGGCAUUUAACUGACUGCAACAGCACAGUAGUAACAGAAUAUAGCAGAAUGGAUUCUAGCACAAUAACAAUUACCAACUUAUUGCAAAAAUAAAAGGUUAGUAAAAACAGUUGGCUUUGGAAUGUUUCAAUAGUUAUGUAGCAUGUUAACUUUCACUGGCAGUGGGGGAGCUUUGCAGUCGAUGUGGUAUACUAUAUUUUCAGUGAAUUAAACAAUAAUCAAGAAGGGUAAAAAAAUAUGUAACCACCUCAAACUGUAUUUGCUUUAGUCCAGUGUUAAAGGUCCCAUGAAACUGUAUUGUUACGUACUGUUAUGGUAGGGUUUUUCUUUUUCAAAUGUGGAUGGCAGAGAGAUGAAAGGAAGUGAAAGGAUGUUAUCUGCAAUUGCACCUGGCUGCAAUCACACCAACAGUGCUUUAUGACCACAGGGCAACCACAACACUUUGUUGUACAUGUAAUUGUGACAACAGUGGUUUUAGUCAGAUCACCUUCAAGGCCAAGUGUAAACUAAUGAGCUAGUAGUCAGAUGAGAUUGGUUAAGACUGAAUAGUCUCGGCGGUCAAACUUGAAAGCUGCAGUCACCCACACAAAAUGACAACCUGACCGCAUGGACAUGUUCUCUGAAUUUCACAAAGCCAAUGGACUGACUGCAAUGUAAUCGGAGAAGACAAACUGCUUUCCAAAGACGGCAGUUUUACAACGAAUUGCCAUUUUAUGGGACCUUUAAAUGUUGAAAAUCUGAGAUCAAAAGAAAGGAGAUACGUCAUUUCUAGAAACUAAACUGUGCUUGUGAAUUUUUGUUGUGGGUGUGUGGAUUUUGUAUUGAUAUGAAUGUAAAUAAAAUAAAAAUUACUUUUGA